AUGAUUAAACCGGAUGAAACUACCAUCUCCCUUACCCACCCAACCCCGUCGUCAUGGAGGGUGAUCCGCCAGCUGAAUGGACACGUUUACCAAAGAGAUGAGGAGGGCGUGAAGACGGCUCCCUACCAUCCUAUGCAUCGACCAAGCUUCUUUGUGAAGACAUCUCCAAUCCUGAGCAGCAAGCGAUGCUACGCAUCUACACGCAGAUACCAUACGGGAUUACUGAAGGUCAAGCAGGAUUCGACAGGCCGUGUCCCGGGAGGAUUUCUUAUCUACUUUGCCUUGCAAAUUCUUGGUCUUCGCAUUAUUCUGGGGCGACGGCUUUUUGGAGCUUGGAGCCUGGAGCCUAGUGAGCGAGAGGAAAUCCGAGCAGCUUUUAAGGAUUCGUUCUUAGAAAUUAGGCAGACGAGAAUUUCACCGUUUCCUGGCGCGAAGAGGCUCGUCUGGGAUCGUGAUCAGAAAGUCGUUCACUUCCUUGGCUUUCAGUACUGGGACCCGGUUGGUGGUGAGCAAGCAAAGACCUGGGACCUGAGAUUCCUUAGAAGCUGGAAGCUUGUCAAGAUACUCAGACAUACAGCAGGAUUGGAUUGGAAUGGAAACACCGAGGGAUGGGAGGUUUGA